ACCAACUAUAUUAACCUCAAACUAUUGCAGAGUCGUUACUGCAACAGUCUGCGGCUGGGAGAAACUAGCAGGCUCAUCCGACUGUAGGUCAGGCAAACUCACUAACCAUGAGCGACCCUCUGAGUAUCGCCACCGGCGUCAUAGCCUUGAUUCAAGUAACGACCCAGGCGACCGAGUAUCUCAAGGAUGUUAAAGAUGGCGGCAAAGAGCGAGCGAAGCUGCGAGAUGAGCUACGCAGCGUAACAUGUCUCUUGGAGAUGAUCCAUGACCGCGUCGAAGAGCAGAACGAAUCUGAGAACGAAUAUGGUCUCAAACCUGCAGCGAUGGCACUCUUAGCAGGCCCUGACGGACCUUUGGAGAGGAUGAAGGCUACGAUGGAAGAGAUCGUGUCAAAGCUAGCACCCCAAGCUCGGUUCCGCAGGCUUGCGCAACCAUUCAGGUGGCCGUUUGAGAAGAAGGAUAUCUUAGAGCUCUUUGGGACGAUAGAGAGACUCAAGUCGCACUUCACGCUUGUCCUCCAAAAUGAUCUAUUGACGAUUUCCAAGCUCACAAGCGAAAAGGUUCAACAGGUCAGCAGGCAGCUUGACGACAUGGACUUGGAGGGCAGAAUUCAAGAGGCGGACAAAAUUCUUUGUUGGAUCAGCUCAACUUCCUUCCGAGCCAAGCAAGCCGACGUGUUACAGAGUGUCCAGCCGGGCACCGGCAAAUGGUUCCUUAAAGCCAAGGAGUACCGUGACUGGCUUUCGGGAAACGUCAAUCUGUUAUGGUGUCCCGGCAUACCUGGUGCUGGAAAAACUCGAAUAGCGUCCUUGGCCAUAGAUGCUAUCGAGACGCAACUUGAUCGUUCCAACAGUCUUUUGGCAUAUGUCUUCUGCGAUUACAAUCAACGCGAGUCUCAGACUCAGUCGGCAAUAGUUUCCAGUCUCUUGGAACACAUUCUUCAGGGAACAAGCCAUCCAAAUCUGCCUCAAGAGAUCAGGUCGCUUUACACAAAACACGCCCAGAAAGGAACUCGUCCCAUGACCAAGCAACUUUCCCAAGUCUUUACCAAGCUCUUCUCGUCAUGCGACAAUAUUUUCAUCGUCAUAGAUGCUCUUGAUGAAUUCGCGUCUUCGGACAUGGUGGCUUUGGAACUGGUCGGUACUCUCCAGGGGCUCGGCGAUAAUGUUCGUAUCUUACUCACGUCACGCACCUCAACGAACUUUGAGGGCUUCUUCAAAGAUGCCGUGCGUCUAGACAUCAAGGCUAAGGAUGAGGACGUACGACUGUAUUUGGAGAGGAAGAUUCCAAAGCAUUCCAGGCUGGCAAAGCACGUCUGUGCUGAUCCAAAACUGCAGGACGACAUCAUCACAAGCAUCGCCGAGAGUGCUCAAGGCAUGUUUCUUCUGGCGACACUCAACUUGGACUAUCUCUCCCGCAAGCUUACGCGUCGAGAUGUUCGCUCUUCGCUUUCAAUCUUGCCCAAGACGCUCGACGCAACAUACAAGCAAGCACUUGAGAGAAUUCGCACACAGGCAGAAGAAGAUGUUGAACUAGCCGAGAUGGUCAUUUUGUGGAUCCUCUGUGCCCGAAGACCGCUGGGUAUUCAUGAGCUCCAGCAUAUGUAUGCUGUCCACCUCCGUACCCGUGAUGGAAAUGAAGACGAGGAGAUGAUUUUGCUCGAAGAUGACGACCUGCCACCCAAGGAUAUCGUCACCGGUGUUUGCGGUAGUUUUAUCGUAGUCGACAACACUUCCAAGACAGUCAGUCUGGUCCAUUAUACGGCUCAAGACUAUCUUAGCCGCACACUCGGAAAACAUCUGGAUAAGACGCGACUGGAGCUCGCCAGAAUCAGCCUAGAAUACCUGCAGCUUCUCAACUUUCAGGAAGGGCCUGCCUUGUCAGACAGUGUGAUGGCGGAGCGGUUGGCCAACUUCCCAUUUCUGGACUACGCGGCAAGAUACUGGGGAGCUGACCUCCAAGGGUUGCAAGUCGAGGAUUUCUGGGGAUCCGUCAAUCGCUUUUUGUCAAACGCAGGUGCCGUCAGUGUAGCAAGUCAGAUCUGGAGUCUCCCUCGUUACAGAUACGCACAUUGGAGUGACGAGUACCCGAAAGGUGUCCCCGGAAUAGUCCUCGCGGCCUCGUUCCAGAUACCGAACGUUCUGGAAAGACUCGUGGGACAAGGAAAAGACAUUGAAGGCCGUGGCAGCGACAAGGAAACCCCGCUCAUCAGAUCAGCUCGGCUCGGGCACGAGGAGAACAUCAAGGCACUGAUACAGCUUGGAGCUGACGUUGCUGCUACUGAUAUCGCCGGAGAAACUGCAAUCGAUGCUGCGACUCUCGCUGGCAAGGCAUCUGCAGUAGAAGCCCUGAUUGAUGGAGGUGCCAACGUUAACACCGUCACGGGCACGGAAGGCUGGUCUCUCCUCAUGUCAGCCGUUUCCAGUGGCAGUAUCAACACUGUACGGCUGCUGAUAGAAUCAGGAGCUGAUGUUGCGGCACAAACCAGCUGGGGAGAGACGGCUUUGAGUCUGGCAGCCCUGAGCGGGCAAGAGGCCAUCGCGAAUCUGCUCAUAGACUCAGGGGCCAUCCUGCCACUGAACCGUGCUGGAAGAAGGGCGACACUGCAAGCUUCGAGGAAGGGACUUUCAACCCUUGCUAGCAGGUUAUCAUCUUUUGGAGGCGAUUAUGGGGCUGUGGUGGAUGCUGGAAUUCCACGUGAGCCCUUUGCAGCCCCGCAGCAGCUUGCCCAGAUUGCAGAACUGGAAGAGGCACCAACUACUGGGAUGACGGAAUCCGAGAUUGGUUUCAGUCUCGAACUUGCUCUAGACGGGAUUUCAUACCAAAGGGGGUUCCAUCGAAGGUACGACAUUGCGAACAGGUUGGGUAGAGGGCACUUCGCAGAAGUGUUUUUCGGCACCAGGAAGACGACAGGCGUUUGCUACGCAGUUAAAAUCUUCGCCGUCGAUGCAAAUACCGGAUGGACAACGUAUAAUAACGGCACAAGUACCGACGGCCCGCCUCAAGAAAUUCGAGCCCUCACUUGCUUGAGGCAUCACCAUUUGGUAAAUCUUGUGGAAGUUCUGGUGUCAGAUACUAUGGAUCAGCUUUGCCUGGUUUUGGAGCUUGCGCCGGAGGGAGAGCUCUUCAACUUUUUAGUUAUGAAGCAGAAGCUAACCGAAGAAGAAACACGGUGCAUCUUUCGUCAGCUGCUUUCUGCUCUAGAAUACAUCCACAAGGAAGGAUGGAUUCAUCGCGAUGUUAAACCUGAGAACAUUGUCAUGCAAAGUGAGAAUAGCAUUAAGCUUACGGACUUUGGCCUGGCGGCGAAUCUUUCAAGUCGGCCAGAUCAGAUGGAUGACACCCUUUGCGGAACCCCGAGCUAUGUUGCCCCUGAGAUCCUUGCGGAUAGCCGUGAGAGAAAAUACAGCUACCCAGUCGACAUUUGGUCUGCUGGGGUAGUGCUUUAUAUUUGCCUGUGCGGGUUUCCCCCCUUCUCAGACGAGCUCUACAGCAAAGACUUCCCAUAUACCUUAUCGCAGCAGAUCAAAUCGGGACGAUUCGACUACCCUUCACCAUAUUGGGACCCGAUAGGAGAUCCAGCUCUUGACCUUAUAGACGCGAUGCUGGUCGUUGAUACAGAGCGGAGAUUUGUGGUGGAACAGUGCUUGCGUCAUCCCUGGAUGCUGGUGCCAGACGUCCAAGAAAGCGAAUCAGGCACCAUCCUCCCGGCUAAUCCUUCUGUCGUCUAAGAUGUUACUCGGUUUAACCUUUGAGUUACCUAUGUCUAAGGCAAAACGAAUGCUGCUAAGGUGUGCAACAAACAUAAAAAUAUGCACAGUCUUUAACUUUAACUUUUACAACAAAAAUCGCUAAAUCUUAAUCUUGCCCCACCUCCCUUAACUCUCACAUUCUCACCUGCUCUUAGUC